UAUCGCAAAAUGGUUAAUGCGCUAAAUGGUGUGACCAUAUACCAAAUCGUGUUUUGUUAAAUUCAAUAACAAAUUGAUUUGUUUGUUAGCUGUUACAACAACAAAGUAGAAACAAAUGAAAAUUAACCACAAGUAUGAGUUUGACGACGAUGUGGCUUCCAUUUGCGAAUCGACGGCUGCUUUGACGGAGGGCUGUCGCCUGCCCGUGCGCAUGCACAAGACAGAUGAUUGGCCCCUAGCAGAGAUUGUUAGCAUUAAGGAGCUGGAUGGUCGUCGUCAAUUCUAUGUCCACUAUGUAGACUUCAAUAAACGAUUGGACGAAUGGGUCAACGAGGAAGAUUUAUACACUCGGAAAGUGCAGUUUCCACGACGGGAUGGCUCUCAAACUGGAACCAGCACAGGAGUAACUACGCCCCAACGACACCAUUCACUUGCCGGGAGUGCAUCCCGACCCACAUCACCUCAGCAUUCGAGUAUCGGUGGUGUUUCUACGGCGCCCCCUACUCCGAGCGGCAGCGAACUGGUUAAUGGUAAUAAUGUUCUGGCUGCUGCCCUACAGAAACGUAUCAAUCGCAAAAGGAAAGUUCAUGGUGGCAGUGCCUCUGCUCAUCAUUUGCAACAAAAUGUGCACACGCCAUUAAAUACCGCUGCCGCUGCUCAUAUGCAUGUUACUGGCGAUAGCCUAGUAACUAGUAACAUACCAACCUCUGUUGCUUCUGUCAAUGUAGCAGCUGCCGCUGCAGCCGCAGUUGCUGUCGUAGCCACACCCAAUGGCGAUAAUGAUGGCGAUGGCUCACAGGAUGGAAAAAUUCCCACUCCCAGACAAUCGGGCAGCAUGGUUACCCAUCAGGAUGAUGUUGUAACGCGCAUGAAGAAUGUGGAAAUGAUUGAGCUGGGUAGGCAUCGCAUUAAACCUUGGUAUUUUUCACCGUAUCCUCAAGAGCUGUGCCAAAUGUCCUGCAUCUACAUAUGCGAGUUUUGCUUAAAAUAUCGCAAGAGCCGCAAAUGUCUGGAGCGUCAUCUCUCCAAAUGUAAUCUUCGUCAUCCGCCAGGCAAUGAAAUUUACCGCAAACACACCAUUUCCUUCUUCGAGAUUGAUGGAAGAAAAAACAAGGUGUACGCACAGAAUCUUUGCCUGCUGGCUAAACUGUUUCUCGAUCACAAGACGCUCUACUACGACACAGAUCCGUUUUUAUUUUAUGUUAUGACCGAAUUUGAUUCGCGUGGAUUUCACAUUGUUGGCUACUUUUCAAAAGAGAAAGAGAGCACUGAGGAUUACAAUGUGGCCUGUAUUUUAACCAUGCCACCCUAUCAAAGGAAGGGCUAUGGUAAGCUUCUAAUCGAGUUUAGCUAUGAGUUAUCCAAAUUUGAGGGUAAAACUGGUUCACCGGAGAAGCCAUUAUCCGAUUUGGGUUUACUCUCCUAUCGCUCAUAUUGGGCCCAAACCAUAUUGGAGAUUUUCAUUAGCCAAAAUCCAAAUACGGAUGGAGAGAAGCCGACUAUAACGAUCAAUGAUAUCUGCGAAUGUACUUCAAUCAAAAAAGAGGAUGUUAUUUCUACUCUACAGAAUCUUAACUUGAUCAACUAUUAUAAGGGCCAGUAUAUAGUUUGCAUUAAUCGUGAUACCAUAGAACAGCAUCGUCGAGCAAUGGAGAAACGUAAAAUACGCAUUGACUCCAAGUGUCUGCAUUGGACUCCCAAAGAUUGGUCGAAGCGAUCCAAGUGAAUGCCGCUGCGCUACUGCUAUCGCCUGCUGCCGCCUGCCUGCUUUCGCUCCAAGUCUUGGCCAAGAUUUGUAAAUUAAAUUAAAUAAAACUAAAGCAAAAUUGUUGUAAAUUUAAU